CCCUCCCACUACGUGCGGCGCGGAGGCUCUCUUAGAGCUCGGAGUCGGAGCUCGCAGUCCAUCGGUGCCCGUCGCUUGCUGCUUGGCUAGCGAGGACACUGCGGGAAGAUGGCGACGGAGAAACUCAAACACGAGGGCAGAGUCAAAAUCGGACACUACAUCCUCGGCGACACGCUCGGAGUGGGCACGUUUGGGAAGGUUAAAGUGGGCCAACACGAGCUGACCAAGCACCAAGUAGCAGUGAAGAUCCUGAACCGGCAGAAGAUUCGCAGUUUGGACGUGGUGGGCAAGAUCCGCCGGGAAAUCCAGAACCUCAAGCUUUUCAGGCACCCCCACAUCAUUAAACUGUAUCAGGUGAUCAGCACCCCGACUGAUAUCUUCAUGGUGAUGGAGUAUGUCUCGGGAGGGGAGCUCUUUGACUACAUUCUCAAGAAUGGAAAGUUGGACGAGAAGGAGAGUCGUCGACUGUUCCAGCAGAUCAUCUCAGCCGUGGAUUAUUGCCACCGGCACAUGGUGGUGCAUCGGGACCUCAAGCCGGAAAAUGUGCUGCUGGACGCGCACAUGAAUGCAAAGAUAGCCGAUUUUGGUUUAUCCAACAUGAUGUCCGAUGGAGAAUUCCUGCGGACGAGUUGCGGUUCCCCCAACUAUGCUGCUCCUGAAGUGAUCUCUGGAAGAUUGUACGCCGGGCCCGAGGUGGACAUCUGGAGCAGCGGGGUGAUCCUCUACGCCCUGCUGUGCGGCACGCUGCCGUUCGACGACGACCACGUGCCCACGCUCUUCAAGAAGAUCUGCGAUGGCAUCUUCUUCACGCCGCCGUACCUCAACCCUGCCGUCACCAGCCUCCUCAAGCACAUGCUGCAGGUGGACCCCAUGAAGAGAGCCACCAUCAAAGAGAUCAGAGAGGAUGACUGGUUCAAGCAGGACCUCCCCAAGUACUUGUUCCCCGAGGACCCGUCGUACAGCAACAACAUGAUCGACGACGAGGCCCUAAAGGAAGUGUGCGACAAGUUCGAGUGCACAGAGGAGGAGGUCCUGGCCUGCAUCUACAGCCGCAACCACCAGGACCCGCUGGCCGUGGCCUACCACCUCAUCAUCGACAACCGCCGCAUCAUGAACGAGGCCAAGGACUUCUACCUGGCCUCCAGCCCGCCCGACUCCUUCCUGGACGACCAGCACCUGAGCUCGUCCGGCACUUCUGUGGCGGCCAGCGUCAAGCCCCACCCGGAGCGUGUGCCCUUCCUGGUGGCGGAGACGCCGCCGCGGCCCCGCCACACGUUGGACGAGCUGAAUCCGCAAAAGUCCAAGCACCAGGGCGUGCGGCGGGCCAAGUGGCACCUGGGCAUCCGCAGCCAGAGCAGACCCAACGAUAUCAUGACCGAAGUAUGCCGCGCCAUGAAGCAGCUUGACUACGAGUGGAAGGUUGUGAAUCCUUAUUAUUUGCGUGUGAAGAGGAAAAACCCAGUGACGGGCAUGCAGACCAAGAUGAGCCUUCAACUGUACCAAGUGGACAGCCGGACCUACCUCCUUGACUUCAGAAGUAUAGACGAUGACAUGCUGGAAACCAAAUCCGGCACGGCGACGCCUCUCCGCUCGGGAUCGGUCGGCAACUACCGCACCACCAUCAAGAGCGAGGCGGACAGCGCCGACUCCCCCCCAUCGACCAGCGCCACCUCGCAGGCCAAGACGGCCGCCGAAGCCUCGCUGGCAUCUUCGCUCACCUCAUCCAUCGACUCGACGGGGGGCGCCGACGUCCUGUCUGUGCCUCGCCCGGGCAGCCACACCAUCGAGUUCUUUGAGAUGUGCGCUAACCUCAUCAAACUGCUUGCACGAUAGCUCGCUAUACACGCACGCACGCACGCACACACACACACACACACACACACACACACCUACGUCGAUCGCUAUAGCCUUGUUUGCUCUCCGAGUGUCUUGUUAGCAAUAAGCAUGCAGUCCAACGGCAGCUCGGCCCAGGAUGGCAGGGAGACGCCGAGAGCAUAUUUUGGCUCAAUAUGUUAACAUCUUCUGGAGUGAUUACACUGAAUUUGCUGUACUGUCCAGUCAGCCAGCUUCCAGUGCAAAAAAAUAAGAUCAACUUUUUUUUUUUCCUGUGCGGGAGAAGGAAGAAGCAACUUUGCACACCUUUCUUUUCAUUCCUGCUGCUCUCAUUUUUUUUGGGGGGGGGGGGGUUCCCGCAAAUGGUGGCGCUUUCAUCGAGCUGUUAGGAAGUGCAAUGACCCCACCCCCCCAAUCCGCUUUGUGUGGACAAAGUUCAUUGAUCGGUAUUAAAGUGCCCCCCCCCGAAUGAUGCUGUUUUAUCUUCGCAACUUUGUUGAAAUACUCGCCUUGUCAUCUAAUAUAAAAGUGGUGCGUUGACGCCAUCGCAUGGCAUCUUAAUGCGAAGAAGCUAUGUUAAGUGAAGUGAGGCGCUUGAAGUCAAAGUAGUGCUUUGACGCCAUGUUGUUGAGGGAAGAUGCUUCAUUCAGCCAUGUCCAAGUAGUGCUUUGAUGCUGAAUUUGAAGGAAGGAGGGUCAAUCAGGCAGGCCACAGCUGUGGCUAAGAAGUGCUUUGACGCCAUCCCGUGGCAUUUAUUGGCCAUUGUAAACAUUUGUGGACAUGACGUCAAUUAAUUGCAGAUGAAUUCGUGUUGGGACAUGUGUUUGGAUUUACACUGCAGGCACAAGUGGCUAAUUCCGACUUCACACCGAUAAUCAAUUUCACAGUGACACAUAUCUUGACAGCAAAAUUCACAACACCUCCAGUCUCUCGCUUUAUCUCUGUAGCGACCUGCUCAUAACACUAAAAUUGUGUCACUUGAACCAGGCCAUGUAAAUCCAACCCAAGCGAAGAUAAAUUUUUGUUUUUUUCGAGAUCUGUUGCUGGAUUUUUUUUUUUUCCUGCUUUACUUUUUCCAAUCGGCAUCACUUGUCAAUCAUAAAUCACAACUUAUUCAAUUUGCGUGUAUCAACUCUUGCUAACAAACAAACACCAGAGGCUAGUGUGAGAAACGACAUCAGUUUUGCCAAGAAAUCAUGUGCCUCCUUGAUGAUCAGUAAAAACAGUAGCUUACAAUUUUUUGACUUGACAAUCUUAACAUUGAAAUCAGUUUGGAAACCCCCAAGGUAGUUGUGAGUCCAAAUUCUGAGACUUCAUAGGACCCCCCACCCCCAUUGUCAACUAUUAAAAUGACAUUUGUUAUACUUUGCUCGUUUUGUUAUGAUGUAAAUCAUUUGGAAUUGUGUUGUAUUGAUUUAAGAAUUGUCUUUUUUGUUUGUGCAGUUUUGCUAAAAAUGUUAUAAGCAAUCCCCCCCCGUGCGUGUACUUAAUUACAAUCGACUACAAAAGCAUGACAAGCUUAUGAAUGUGUCACUCGUUAUGGAAAUCUUUUAUCGUCUGCUGUCGGGUUGCCUUAUAUGGCCGAAGCGGGGAACCUACAAUGACGUCAUACGGCCCUAAAACAUUUGACACAAUGUGUUUAAUUAAUAAUACAUUUUGGCAGGAUUUUUUUUUCAGAAAUUUUGGAGGAAUAAAAUAGGACAAAAAGUUCCCCGCCGCUGCCUUAUGAUCAUCAUCAUCAGUACUGUUGUUUUGAAUUAUUGAUCCAUUUAUAUUCCCAGUGAUAGGUCACACAUAAGAAAAAAAACAAUAACACUUGUUUUGUUUUGAAUUAUUUUUGCCAAACUACUGCGGACCUCUGAUCCUUAAUGGUGGUUGGAGAUUUUUUUUGUUCCACUUUUAUGACACAAUACAUUGUGUUUCUAUGAAGCAGUAUCAGUGAUUACUGAUGUUGACGGCUUUAAAAGAAAAGAAAAAAGGUUGCAUUUCAUCCCGACUGAACACCAAGUUAACUUUGUUAUGUUGAAAUAAGUUUAUGGAAAAUCAGACUCAUUAAGUUUUGGGAAGGGUUUAAUUUCGGGUGUGUAUUUGUUUUCCGUAUGUAUGUAUAUUGAAAGGCGAAUGUGUGGGGAAAUGUCACUCUUCGGAGUGGAAUUUGUCUGAACUGCUUUGUGUAAAGGGACCCUACUUUCCAAGAGUGACCUGUGUUUAUUUGAAUGGACAGUGUCGGAAUUGUUCCUAUCCACAACUGCCUAAAUAAACUGCUAAAUUGCACACAAACCUAA